AUGGCUAGACGGGAGAAUAAAGUAGUAAUAAAAUUUGGGCAAGUAACGGCAUCAUAUGCAAAACUGGUCCAGGAGUGUAGAGAGUGCUUUGAGCCGGGAGUCACGAGAAACCUCAAGGAAGAAAGAAAGUGGAGAAUAAAAGACUAUGUGCAGCUAGCCAGACAUUUCUCGGCGUCUCACAUAUGGGCAUUCUCACAGUCUGAGGAGCACAAUAACCUAAAGGUGAUCUCUUUGCUGAGCGAUACAAGCAAGACCUUCUACUUUAAAAUACAUCAGUACAUGUUCAGCUCCAAAAUCAACACGUCGACUCUGAACAUAGGAGACCGGAUGAACGGAUACUUUAUUAUUCCCAUCAACAUCGAUAAGGCUGAUCCAAUCACAGAGCUUAUUGAGGAGAUAAAAAACAACGUAAAUGUGUCGCACCUGACCACCCGAGCAAUUACCAUUAAAAAGCUGAGCGAAGACAGGUACCUAUUCACAAACUACAUAAUAAAGAAGGAGGAGAGGCCGGGCGCAGAAAACCAGGUGAAACUUACUCUUGUGGAAAGAGGCCCAGUCAUGCACCUGGAGCUCCAGAAGAUCGAGAAGGGAAUAUGCAGCGGAGAUGUGAUAUACCACAGAUACAUACACAAGACCCCGGAGGAGCUGCGAGAGAGGGAGCUCCGGAUACAGGAGAGAGAAAGAGAGAAGCAGCGAAGAAAGGCCGUGCAGGAGGAAAAUGUAAGGCGAAAGAAGGGAAAGAAGGAGCCAGCCGCUUCUGCAGAGGAGAGCCAGGAUUCCGACGACUCCUCCGAAGACUCCUCCCCCACAGAAGACAGCGACAAGGAGAACGUUUCGUAG